GGUGGCAGGCCUGCCAUGGAGCCAGGCAGCGUGGAGAACCUGUCCAUCGUGUACCGGAGCCAUGACUUCCUGGUGGUGAACAAGCACUGGGACGUGCGCAUCGACAGCAAGACAUGGCGGGAAACACUGACUCUCCAGAAGCAGCUGCGGCACUGCUUCCCGGAGCUGGCCGACCCUGACACCUGCUACGGGUUCCGGUUCUGCCACCAGCUGGACUUCUCCACCAGCGGAGCACUGUGCGUGGCCCUGAACAAGGCAGCCGCGGGUGACGCUUACAGGUGCUUCAAAGAGCGACGUGUAACCAAGGCUUACCUGGCGCUGGUAAGACCUGGUGCGAGGGCACAUCCAGGAGAGCCAGGUGACCAUCAGCUAUGCCAUCGGCAAGAACAGCACAGAAGGCCGGGCCCAUACCAUGUGCAUCGAGGGCACACAGGGUUGUGAGAACCCAAAGCCAAGCCUCACGGAGCUGGUGGUUCUGGAGCAUGGGCUGUACGCGGGUGACCCUGUCUCCAAAGUGCUGCUAAAACCGCUCACAGGCCGGACCCACCAGCUGCGUGUGCACUGUGGCGCCCUGGGCCACCCUGUGGUGGGUGACCUGACCUACGGGCAGCCUGCAGGCCGGGAGUCCCAGCCCUUCCGCAUGAUGUUGCACGCCUUCUACCUACGAGUCCCCACACGGGCCGAGUGCGUGGAGGCUUGCACGCCAGACCCCUUCCUGCCUGCCCUGGACACCUGCUGGAGCCCCCACACCCUCCUGCAGCCACUCGACCCACUCAUCCAGGCCUUGCGGGCUGCCCCCGACCCCAACCCCAUGGACGAGGGUCCUGGGCACAGCCAACCCCCACCUCCCUGCACCAAGCCCCUAGAGACUGAGGCACAGAGCACCUCCUGCUUGCAGUGGCUGUCAGAAUGGACAUUGGAGCCAGACAAGUGACAGCCGUGGAGCUGGGGCAGAGGUGGAUGUGGGGGCUGGGGCUUUUAGGGGGUUGGGGGCUGCACGUCAGGGCCCUGGGCUGCUCCCAGGCAGGUGGCAUCUCUCUUGGGCAGGCAUGCAGUGGCCAGCUCUGGGACUCACUGGGCUGCUCUGACCAAGCCAGCUGGGAUAGGCAGCAGGGGCUACCUGGCAGCUGCGGUUGCUGGCAACAAUAGCACACACGGGCAGUGGGAUUGAUGCUGGAUCCUAAGGUUCUUCUUCCUGGUGCCCCCAGGGGGAACCAAGGCCCUUCUUUCCUCCUGGAGCAGCUUCCGGCUCCAGAGCCUUAGCCAGGGGCCUCUAUUUCAUGGACUUGUCCAAGGUCACUCGUUGGAAGGGGCAACACCCAAGUUGGCUAGUCUCUGGCCCAAGGGUGGACUCCUCAUGGGCCCAGGCCAUGCUAGCCUUCCUGGGGCUCAGCCCCAGACCCACCUAGCCUCUGUGCCUGGAGGCUCCCGCUCAUUGCUCUGCUCAGACCCCCUUGCUUCUGCUGCCUGCCUGGCCUGUGCCUGCCACUGGGCCCGCAUACCCCUCCCUACCUCAUGCCUUGGCUUUGCUGGACUCUGCCCACGGGCCUCACCCUGCUCUGCCUGGACCCUGAGCACGGGCCAGUGAUUGGCCAUGGUACAUGGGGUCAGUGGGGGCCAAGACUCAGGCCCUGCUGAGCUCCCCUGUCCCUUAGGCCUGCCUAGCAUGCCACCCUGCUGCUGGGUCCCCAGGCUCCCAGCCUAGAGCCCACCACAUCACCACUUUCCUGGGUCCCAUACAGUCAUGCCUGUCACUCUGCCUUCAGGAGCCUAGGUUCCCAGUUCCCUCCACCACAGCCCUGCUCCCUGACAGCUGCUGGGCUCUAGGGAUUCAGAAUAAAUGCUUGGUGACUGACCCUGG